CUGAGUAACGCAUAUUGUCGAGAAAAUUCAUGACAAUACGAAAUAUUUAGAGUUCAGGCCUUUUUACAAUUCCGUGUCUAUAUGAUACUAAAGUUGACAGAUUGGCAUUGAAUACUGUUCAAGCUGACCAAAAAUAUUGUGAUCGAUAGCAUGAGAAUCGUAGAUUUUGCAAAUGCCCCCUGCAGAAUAUAUAAUCUGUUUAGUUUCUAGCUGUGGUACGUAAAUCUUAAAGGCACUGGAGAGUCGAAAUAUUUCCGCUUGUACUUUUGACUGCAUUCUGCUGUUCAGUUGUUCUUCAGCGUGCGCACAUUAGCCAGAUCAUGUCUGGAAGAGGAAACUUGUUGAGUUUGUUUAAUAAUAAUGCUCGCAAUAUGGAAAUAUCAAAUUCAAGUGAAGAUUAUGCAAUCGACAGUGGCUUGGACUUUGAGAAUUCUGAAACAAGUGGGGAAUGUUUUCUGUCAGGCCAUAAUAUUGAAACUGAUCUUAUAACCACUCUUCAACAUGUAAACAUUUCGGUCGGUCGGGGACGUGCUAAGCUUAUACACACUUUAAAAAAAGAUCGGCCUACAUCAGAACAAUUUAUAACAACUGAAUUGUUAAACUCAAAGGAAAACAUCGAAAACUCAAAGAAGUCCAAAUUGGAAGCAAUUGCUUUACAAAAUGGAUUAUUUUUUCCAGAUAUAGUUCACGGAUCAAAAGGUUCGUCUGUUAAUAUUUAUUGUAAUUACUUGAAGCUAACAACAGAUGUAUCCAAGGGAGUUUUUAAUUACGAAGUGCGCUUUUUUCCUCCAAUUGAUUCGGUUCAUUUAAGAAUUAAAUAUUUAAACGAACAUAAGGAUAAGCUCGGAGGAACCAAAACAUUUGACGGCACAACUCUAUAUUUACCUAUUUUAUUGCCAAAUAAGAUGACUGUAUUUGUUUCAAAAGCCGAAGAUGCUGAGUUACAGAUUCGCAUUUUAUUCAAAAAAAAAGAAGAUAUGAGGAACUGCACGAAGUUAUAUAAUAUUUUAUUCGAUAGAGUUAUGAAAACAUUAAAUUAUGUUAAAUUAGAUCGCAAGCAUUUUGAUCCUUUGCGACCAAAAAUAUUACCACUGGCAAAGUUAGAAGUUUGGCCUGGAUAUGUUACAGCCGUUGACGAAUAUAAAGGUGGUUUAAUGCUAUGCUGCGACGUUUCGCAUCGUAUACUUUGUCGAAAAACUGUUCUGGAAAUGUUGGUCGAUCUUUAUCAGCAAAAUAUAGAGCAUUACCAAGAAUCCGCUAGAAAAAUGUUGGUUGGAAAUAUUGUGUUAACUAGGUAUAACAAUCGUACGUAUAAAAUAAAUGAGAUUUGUUUUGAUCAAAAUCCAAAAAGUCAGUUUCAAAUUAAAACUGUCUGCACAAGUUACGUUGAAUAUUAUAGACAAUAUCACAACAUAAACAUAAAAGACGUUAAUCAACCACUCCUUCAUAGUAUAAAGAAAUCAAGAACAACUCCAGCCGAAAAGGAAAAUGUUCAGUUUUGUUUAAUUCCAGAAUUAUGUUAUCUUACUGGGCUGCGGGAUGAAAUACGGUCAGAUAACAAGUUAAUGCGCGAGAUUGCUGCAUUUACAAGAGUUUCGCCAAGUCAACGACAAACGGCGUUAAAUAAGUUUUACGAAAAUGUUUCAAGGACGCCCGCCGCACAAGAUGUCCUAAAUAGCUGGGGACUUGGAUUAACGAAUAAUUCCAACAAGAUAGCUGGACGUCAAAUGGACAUAGAGCAGAUAUGUUUUUCAAAAAUGACAGUGUCGGCCGGAAAAACUGCAGAGUUCUCCAAAUAUGCUGUGAGCAAUGAAAUGUUGGAAGUAGUUCAUCUGAGUAAAUGGAUUAUUAUACAUUUAAGAAAUGAUAUGCGAGCUGCAAAUAACUUGCUCGACAACAUGAAGCAAAGUUGUAAGUCACUUGGUAUGAACAUUUCUAUACCAACAAUGAUUUCUUUGGAUCAUGACCGAAUAGAUGCUUACAUUCAAGCACUGCGACGAAAUAUAACAACGAAUGCGCAAAUAGUCGUAUGCAUUUGUCAUAACAGUAGAGAUGAUCGUUAUUCUGCAAUAAAAAAAAUAUGUUGCUCGGAAAUUCCCAUACCAUCACAGGUUAUAAAUGCUACAACCUUACUAAAUGAAUCAAAAAUUCGUUCCGUGGUUCAAAAAAUUGUGCUACAAAUGAACUGUAAAAUUGGAGGCUCAUUAUGGACGGUAAAAAUUCCAUUUAAAAAUGUAAUGGUUUGCGGAAUAGACUCAUAUCAUGAUCCAUCUAAUCGGGGAAAGUCAGUUGCUGCAUUUGUGGCCUCAAUAAAUUCGUCAUACUCACAGUGGUAUAGUAAGGCUGUUCUACAAACAGAUCGUGAAGAAAUGGUUAAUGGGCUCUCUGCAGCUUUAGAAAUUGCUUUACAAAUUUAUCAUAAAAGGAAUGGCAAACUCCCUGAUAAUGUUAUAAUAUACAGAGAUGGAAUUGGAGAUGGAGAGCUUAAUACUUGUCUGAAUUACGAAAUUCCACAAUUUGAAAUGGUGUGUGGAAAUGGCAUCAAAAUUUCAUUUGUUGUAGUCCAAAAACGGAUCAGCACUCGCAUAUUUUCGGGGAGUGGCAUUCAACUUGAAAACCCAUUACCAGGAACUGUCAUUGACCAACAUAUAACAAAAUCAAAAAUGUACGAUUUUUUUUUGGUUUCACAAUUUGUACGACAGGGUACUGUAACCCCAACUCAUUAUGUUGUUUUACGAGAUGACUGCAAUUAUGGACCGGAUAUAAUUCAAAAGUUAAGUUAUAAACUUUGUUUCUUAUAUUACAAUUGGGCUGGUACAUUACGAAUUCCAGCUUGUUGUAUGUACGCUCACAAAUUGGCUUAUUUGAUUGGACAAAGUAUUCAAAGAGAUGUGGCUGGAGCACUUUUGGAAAAGCUGUUUUAUCUUUAAGUUAUAAAAUGAAAACAUGUUUCAAACAAUACAUAGAAUACCAUUAAAAAAAAAAUAAAUAAAU